AUGGCUCGUUGAAUUAACAGACAGAAACAAUAAAGACUUAAUUUGAUUUACAUAAUUCAAUUUGAUCAGUUGCCUGUGGGACCGUGUAUAGAAAAUAAGCGACGAUGUUGGAAGGGCUCAAGAACAGAGGAUAUCUGCUGGCAGCAGUUUUGUCCAGUAAUUUAGGAGCGUUCGUCGUUGGCCUUACUGUAACAUGGACAUCUCCCGUGUUGCCGAAAAUGAACAACAGUACAGGUAUCUUAAACGAAAAUCCCUUUGAUAAACCCAUUACGAACGAAGAACAGUCCUGGAUAGCAUCUCUUUCAUCAGCUGGAUCCAUUUUUGGACCAUUUAUUGCAGGAUUCCUUGUCGAUAGAAUUGGACGUAAAUGGACUUUAGUUUACGCAUCUGGGAUUCCCGUAACAACAGCAUUUCUAAUGUUGGCAUUCGGUAAAACCCCAGUUGUAUACUGCGUGGCGAGGUUCAUCGGUGGUUUGGGUUUGGGGGUAGUAUUUACUGCUUUGCCCAUGUAUAUAGGAGAAAUAUCUGAAGCCUCAAUACGGGGAGCUCUGGCGUCGUUUCUCAAUAUCUUUGGAGUUAGUGGAGAACUACUUACUUACGCGUUGGGACCUUAUAUAUCAGUUAAGUGGUUCAGCCUAACUUGCGCUAUAUUUCCUGUCACGUUCGUGACUUUAUUUUCUUUUUUUCCGGACAGUCCCCAAUAUUUUAUAUUGAAAAACAAUAUUCCCGCUGCAAAAUCAUCCCUUGCAAAGCUAAGGGGUACGAACACAGAAGGAAUUGAAAAAGAAUUUGCUAUAAUUAAGGACAAUGUCGAAAACGAUAUGAAGAGCAGAGGCACAGUAACUGAUGUGUUGAAAAGCCGUAGCUUGAGAAAAGGCUUAUUGAUAUCCUUAGGCCUAACAAGCAUAGCGCAACUGUCUGGUUUUCCGAUUGUCUUAGCAUACGCGACUGAUGUUUUUAACGCUUCUGGAAGCUCAUUUGAUUCCAAUAUUUCUUCCCUUAUAGUUGGCUUAGUCCAGUUUGUUACAGCUUUUACUACUCCUGCUUUGGUGGACCGAAAAGGAAGGAAAUUUUUGCUUUUGAUAUCAGCAAUAGGAAUGAUGAUAUCGAUAAUACCACUUGGGGCUUACUUCUAUUUAAAAGAAAAUGACCACGACGUGAGCAAUAUUGGAUGGUUACCUAUUGCUACUAUGAUUGCUUACAUUAUUACAUACAAUGUUGGUUUUGGCGCGUUACCCUUAGUGAUCAUCGGCGAGAUAUUCCCGGCUGAUGUCAAAGCCGCUGCUUCUGCCAUAGCAACAAGUUGUUGCUCGUUUAUUGCUUUCGUUGUCACCAAAGCUUUUACUAACAUACAGGACGCUGUUGGACUCGGUGUAACGUAUUGGAUUUUUUCAGCUUUCUGUUUGUUAGGAGCGUUUUUCUCCAUUUUCUUUGUGAUAGAAACGAAAGGGAAAACGUUCGCCGAAAUUCAAGAAAAAUUAAGCCGAUGAGACUGUCAUAAUGAUCUUUUUUCACAACUCAGAAAUGUUAAUGCGCGUAGACGGUUGAAAGGAUAAGUAAACAGGAGUAGUUAUAUGGGAUCCUUCCUUCUACUUACUAAUUAUAAGUACUUUUUCUGCCAAUUGUUUUAAAACAUGUAAAAUUAAUGUGUCUAUAGAAAAUUACAGACAGUAGAUAAGGUGCACUUAAUGAGUAGAUAUCUAUUGAUAAAAAGUGCGCGUGUUGACACGCAAUCGCUUCAAAGGCAGUUUUUUUUUUCAAAGUACCGCUUAUGUCAGAAGUUUCUUUCGGCGGACUUUGUGUCCAGACAGAAGGCGUUUAGGUGAUGUUUGUGUUCAAAAGCUUAUAUUUUUGUAAAGAAACACCUAUUUUCUCUUUAAAUAAAAUUACUAUCGUCA